AUGCGUUUACAUCAUGAAGCAUUUUCACCUUUUAAUAAAGAUCAUAAGUUUUUAUCAAUUUUAAGUAUUAUUUCUCGUUCAUAUGUUUUAUCAUUAUUAGAAGCUGAUUUACAAGAAAUUCAACAAAAAAUUAGUCAAGGUUAUGACGGUGCCAACGUAGUUUCUGGUCAAUUAGGUGGCGUUCAAAAACUAAUACGCGAUGUUGUACCGCGUGCUGUAUACGUUCAUUGUUCUAACCAUUCGUUAGAUCUGGUAUUGGCAUACGCUUGUAGUCUUCAAUUGAUCAAAUCGUUCUUUGGUACAGUCAAAUCAAUAAUCAAAUUCAUUAGUUCAUCACCAAAAAGAAAAAAAUUGUUGGCACAAGCAAUCGAAUCAACUACAACCGAAACAAGACGUCGACAUCUCGUUCGUUUAUGUGACACACGUUGGGUGGAAAAGCAUAAUUCUAUUAUUGUGUUCAAACAACUAUUUUUGGGUAUUAUCGUUGCAUUAGAAUAUUUUGUGGACCACGGUGAUUCAGAAACAAGUGGUCUUUCACGAGCAUACGUAAAAGCCUUACGUGAUAUUGAUUUUGCAAUUCCUCUUGGUAUCGUUAGUCGUGUCUUUUCUAUUACCAAACCAUAUGUGGAACAGCUACGAAAACCAACAUGCGAUCUCAUCAAAUGUUAUCAACGUAUUGAACAAAUCUCGACGUAUUUAGCUGAAUUAAUUUAUGACAAUAACCAAUUAGAUGAAUUGUACAACGAAUUUGUUACAUUUGCCGAAGCUAACGAGAUUGACAUCUAUUUAUCACGAACAGCAUCUUGUCACCAUAAAACGACAAAAUGCUAUUUUAAACACGUAUAUGAAGUCUUCAUCAAUACAACAAUUCAAGAGCUAGGUCGCAGGUUCACCGAACAUCAAAAAAUCGCCAUGACUAUUUCAAGUUUAAUUCCGUCGUUCGUUGUCAAUACUAAUUUCUCCAAUGUUUCAACACUAUUCGAUUAUUAUAAAGAUGAUCUGAAGACCGAUGACACGAAUAUUCAUAAAGCUGAAUUUGACACACGGAAAUUUAUGAUUCAAAAAUUACCCGAAACAGAAAGACCAACUACCACCGAUGAUACAAUGAAAAAUGAUACAACCUCACAAACUCUUUUAUCCAAAUAA